GCCAAAAUGCGCAUGCAUCAUACUACUUUUGGUAAAUAACAAACUCAGCAACCAACGUUGGCAAGCUGUGAUCGCUGCGGCACAAACCGAACUGACUCGGCUUGCCACCUCCAAGGCACCGUCUUAACUUUGAAGGUCUAGCCUGACCUCAUUGAAGGAUGCCUCCACGAAGGCCCAACAAGUCUCGCCACGCGGCCACAAUUUCUUACAACUUGUCCAAUGCAAACGCGAGAGACGCUUUCGAGGAGGAGCUCGACUUAGAGGAUGAACGCACGCAGCAGCGCCACCUGUCGGGCGGCCGGCACGGCAAGCGCGGCGGCGGCGCGGGCGGCGGCGGCGACGCCGCCGCCGGCUACCGGCCCAGCCCCUCCGUCUUCUCACUCGCCGCCGACCUGCCGGCCGCCGCCCGCCGCCACGGCGGUGCGUACGACGAGUACGACGGCAUGGGCGAGUACGACACGCCACAGGCCACCACUGACAUCAUCAACCUCAUGGAGCUGUUCGGCUCGGCUCUGGAUCGCGAGGUCCUGGAGGGCGUGUAUGAGGGCAGCGGCCGCAGCUUCGAGCGCGCCAUGGAGCGGUGCAUGGAGAUGGCGGCGGCCGCAGCCGAACAGCAGCAGCAGGCGCCGGCGCCUGGCAGCAUCGCCGCCGCGGCCGGCCCCGCGCCAGCGGCGUCAAGCAUUGCGGCGGCGGCCGCCGCCGCCACCGGCUCGGUAGCUGCCGUGCCGGACGCUGGGGCGACGCCGGACGCAGCGACUGCGCCGGGGGCUGACGCCGCCGGGGGCUGUCAGGUUGAGAGAGCGUGUAACUGGGACGUGCUGCCAGACGACCUGAAGCGCCACGUGUUCACUUUCCUGGGUUCACGUGACCUGGCCCGGGUGGCGCGCACCUGCCACGACUUCGCGGGGCCGGCGCGGCAGGUGCGCACCAACGCGCGCUCGCUGCAGAUCCCCACAGGCCUGGGCAUGCACGGCAUCAUGUCCAUGGUGGCGGGCCACCCCAACGCCCGCUCCGUAAGCCUGCGGCAGUGGUGCGCCGUGCCGCUGAGCGACGCAGACUUCACCGCGCUGGCGGUGGCGCUCAGCGCCGGCAGCCGCAGCGAGCGGCGGGCGGUGCCGGUGGAGGCGGUGUCGUUCAAGGGCUGCCGCUGGCUGGGCGACGGGCAUGUCAUGUGUCUGGCGGCCACGCUGCAGCACCUCAAGGAGGUGGACCUGACGGACUGUGUGGGCAUUACGGACGCGGCGCUGACGGCCCUGGCCAAGUACCAGCGACUGGCGCCCGAGGACGGCGACACUUCGUCCGACGAGGAGGCGUCCACUGCCGAACACCCCAACCUCCUCCCCGCCGGCGCCGCCGCCGCCACCUCCCUCGGCAUCCCCGGCCUGCCGCCGCGCCCGCGCGGCGGCAGCCACCCGAACCACAGCGCCGGCGGCGCCGCGCCCUCGCCGGCGCCCGCCGCCACGCCCUCCUCCGCCGCCGGCGCCGGCGCCGCCGCAGGCGACGACGACGAGUUGCAGUUUGAGUUUGAGGCGACGCCGGCGCCGGCGGCCAGGUCGCGGUCGCGGUCGCGCCAUGCGUCGGCGUCGGCCGUCGGCGGCGGUGUGGACGGGGAUGUGGAUGUGAAUGUGGAUGCCCUGGAUGUGGCUGGCGGCAGCGACGGCGACAAUGACGCCGCCAGCGGCGUUGUCGGCGGCAGCAGUGAGGACGAGGAUGACGAUGUGCUGUCUGCAAUGUCGCCGUCGCCCUCGCCCUCGCCUGCCGCCAGCGCUGGCGGCUUGGCGCGCGCCUUCGCGCGCGGCGUGCGCUUGUCGCCGGGCGCCGCCGGCAGCCUGGGCGGCGGCAGCGGCGGCGGCUCCCUGCCCAAGCGCGGCGGCGGCGGCGCCGCCAUGAUCGCGCCGCCGCCGCUGGAGCACGCCGGCGACGGCGGCAACCGCCGCGAGAGCCGCGCCAGCGGUGCCUCCACUCCCGCGUACGGCACCUCGCCCGCCGGCGGCGGCGGAAGCGGGCUGUACGGCACGUCGGCGACACGCGCCGCCGGGCUGUACGGCACCAGCCCCGGCGGUGGCGGCGCCGCCGCCGUCGGCUCCCUGACCGCCGCCGCCAGUGCCGGCGGCGGCGGCAAGAGCUGGCUGUACGGCAGUAGCCCGGUGAUGGCCGCGUCGCCGUUUUUCCGUACCGGCACCUCCAGCAGUAUUACUCAUACCGCCUGGCUGGCGCGCGCCGCCAGCGCCGCCACCAGCCGCCAGUCGGGCCGCGGCCUCAUGAGCAUCAACAUCAGUGGCUGCUCCCAGGUGUCUGCGGACGGCGUGCGCGCGCUGCUGGCGGCGCCGCUGCCCAAGUCCUGCCUGUUGCAGCUGGACAUGUCCCGCUGCCCGCGCAUCACCCGCGCCGCACUGGUGCUGCCAGCCGCGAGCAACCUGUGUGUGCUUCGCGCCAGCGGCUGCCACAACCUGCAUGAGGUGAUUAUGCAGCUGCCGCUCACCUCGCCGCUCACCGAACUGCACCUGGCGGACUGCAAGGCGCUCACAAAGCUGCACAUCGUGGCGCCGGCGCUUCAGCAGCUGCACGUGGGCGGAUGCCGCCACCUCACUCGCCUGCACCUGCGCUGCCCGCGGCUGCGCAGCCUCACAGCUAGCCUUUGCUUCAGGCUGUCCGAGCUGGACGCCGAGGCCCUUGAGCUACCCCGCCUGGAGCGGCUGAACCUCUUCGGCUGCCGGCACCUGGAGGGCGGCGCGGUGGCGGCGCUGCUGUCCAAGGCGGGCGGCAGCCUAAGGCACCUGGACGUGAACGGCUGCAACGCACUGGUGGUGCUGGACAUCCCCGACGCCAACUCGGCGCUGCAGCAGCUGGACGCCAGCGGCUGCAAGUCGCUCACGGCGCUGCGCUGCGCCAGCCCCGCACUGGCCGCAGCCACACUGCGCUCGUGCCCGCGCGUGCAGGAGCUGUCUCUGGAGUCGGGGGCUCUGGCCCGGCUGGACAUUUCCAACUGCCCGCACCUGCAGCGCCUGCACAUGCCCGCGCUGACGGCGCAGCGGCAGCAGAUGCAGCUGGAGGCGGUGGCGGCGCCGGACCAGCCGCAACACCAGCAGCCCUACCCCCAGAACCCUCAGCAGCAGCUGAACCUGCUGCCGCCGGGCGUGACCACGGCGGCGGCGGCGCUGCAGCCGCAGGUGCACUUUGGGGCCCUGGCGGCGGCCGUGGGCCGCAGCGGCGCGGCAGCGGGAACAGGAACGGGUGGCGGCGGUGGCCGGGCCGGCGGCGCGGGUGCGCCGGUGGUUGGGGCGCUGGUGGCGGCGGCGGCGGGCAGUGGCGUGCUGGUGCGGAUGGCGGGCUGCGACCGGUUGCCGGCGGAGACCGCGGUGCUGCUGCGGCGGCUGAGGGAGCGGGCCAAGCAGAGCGCGGCGGCGGCCGCGGCGGCCGCGGCAGCGGUGAACCCGGCGGCAGCGGGUUGAGGCGCGGGAUUGGGGGGCUAGGGGGCGAGAACGAGACAAUUUGCCAUUUGGUUUUUGUGAGUACAUUGCAGGGUCGCGACUGCAAAGCGGGAGGAGGGGCGGGGAACGAAGUGAUCGGGGUGAGGGUAGGGCGACCGCCGCAUGGAUACCAGUCUUCCCCCUGUUAUUUUGGGGCAUGUGUGCAUGACGAGGAUGACGGCAGCGGCUGC